CACAAAAUAUCAAGUUAUUUUUAUUCAAUGUUUAGCAUUUUCUUUCAUCUUGUUUUGAAGGAAAUUCCCUUUCUUUUGUUAAGAUAUAACUGUUUUAUAACAAUACUUUCAGUCUCACACAUCUAUACUCUCAGUCUCACACAUCUAUAUUCUCAGUCUUUUUCUCUAGUUUCUCUAUUUUUGAUUUUACAUUUUUAACAUACGAUGGAAAUCAUUAACUCUAAUAAAAAUAAGCCCAAAUUAUGUUUCGAGGGCUACAUGUACGUUCUCAAACAUACCGGAAAAAGUAGUAUUACAUGGCGCUGUAGUAAAGCAACUAUGCUCAAAUGUCCGGGGACCAUGUAUACAGAUCUUCAAAUGUCAAAAAUUGUCAAAAGUGGAACAACUCAUAUCAUAACACAUAGGCCAAACAAGAAAGAGGUUGAGGUAAGUAAGUGUUAUAAUGAAAUGAAAAAUCAAGCUAAGACUACCAAAAACAACCCAUCACAUAUUUUUGGAGAAUGCGUUGCAAAAUUAGACGACAAAAGUCAAAUGCCACCUGAAAACAUAGUCAAGCGCACACUACGAAACCAAAGAACAAAAAAUAAUCCUUUAGACUCUGAUGAAAUCGUGGAUGAAUGGUGUACAACGGGUGAGCCCCAUAAUAAAAGAUUUUUAUUGUUUGACGAUGGUGUGAAUGAGGAAGACCGUAUGGUAAUUUUUGCUACAGAUGAAGGUCUUCAACAUCUAUCGAAUAGUUCAAGUUGGUACAUGGACGGAAACUUUGGUUUGGCCCCAAAAGAUUUUCUUCAACUGUAUGUGGUAAGAGUUAAAAUACAAAAAACAUUAUAA